GGACCUUAGUGUCAAUUCAAUGAGGAAUACAAGUUAGUGUUAAUAUUUGCAACAUGAUCUAAAGUUGGUGUCAAUAGUGUAUUUUUGCCUUCUUUACAUUGCUUUAUCAGAAUUAUCACCAUUUUCAAAAAUUUAUUUUAUCAAUUUCCCAAAACAAAAGGAAAAAAAAAAAAGAAAAGAAAAAACAAGACAUGAAAUAAAAAUAUGAAGCCGCUAUCGUGUUAAUUUCCCACUCCCUCACUAAAACUCCUCUUUUCACUCUCACUUCCCGCCGUCAACGCCGCCGUCCGUCGGGUUUAUCUUCAAAAAUGUUUCUGCGAAAAAUUGGUGGGAGAAUUUUUUCGGCAGCUGCAAGAUACGAACACACAAGUGCAGGUGGAGCAGCUGCUGCUUCAACAUCAGUGCGUAAUCCUCUUGAGCAGUUCUUUGAGGUUGAUAGAUCAACUGAUGAUGAUAAACGUGUUGUUUAUGGACGUGGUUGGAAAGCUUCUGAAUUGCGCCUCAAGUCUUGGGAUGAUCUCCAUAAGCUUUGGUAUGUACUGUUGAAGGAGAGAAAUAUGCUAAUGACACAGAGGCAGAUGCUCAAUGCUCAAAACCUGCGAUUUCCUAAUCCUGAACGUAUAUCAAAGGUAAAAAAGUCCAUGUGUCGGAUCAAACAUGUGCUGACAGAGAGGGCCAUCGAAGAUCCGGAUCCCCGCAGAUCUGCCGAGAUGAAAAGGAUGAUAAAUGCCCUUUAAUAUGUCCUGGUCACUCUUUCACCUUCUUCCCCCCACCCCUAAGAAAAAAAAUUGACAUGAAAUUGAUCAGUGGAAUUGAAUUUUUUGCCUCUCAUAAUAGUUUUGGAGUUCAUUAAUGAAUGCCAAUCUUAAUUUUCACUC